AAUCAGGAACUUUCCAAAACGGUAACUGUGGUAAGGAAUUUAUAUUUUUUUCCGCUAUAGUUUCCAAGUCAAUGUCUCUUUUAAGUUGCUUACUGUACUCUGUUGGCUAUUCAUGAAUUUUUUAUUGACAAGCUUCUGUUUUCAUUUACAGUAGUACCGAAUGGACGCAUUGGCACUUGGAGACAAUGGCGACCAACCUGCCCUUCUUAUAUCAGCGGAUAUCAAAAACCUUUUUGACGGAAUUAUGUUUAGUCACCGGUAUACCAGUUGGGUUCAAGUAGAAGAUGCUCUAAGUCAGCUGGAAUCAGCAACUCAUACACAUUAUGUAAUCAAAAAGUGCAUACGGGACCAUGAAUCUCAGGAUUUGAAGUACAAAUUAGUAGUCUUUCGUUGUACAUAUAGCAUGAAGCGAAAAACUAGAGGUUCAGGUUUACGCGUCAAACCUGCAAAAUACACCGGUUGCCAAUCUGGCUUUCGUAUACGCUACAAGGAGGACGAGUUUAUCAUUUCUUCCGCGAAAACAGUUCACAAUCACAGAUGUGAAAAAAGUCUUAUGAUAGGUGAUCCAUAUUUUAGACGCCUGUCCGGGGAUGAAAACGAGAAUAUUGCACCAGUUGUGAAGACUACAUCUGAGGUUGCUGAUGUUUUGGAAUAUGCUGAAGAGAAUUUUAAUAAAGUUUUGACGAGCACAGAUGUGUAUAAUUUACGUAAGGAUGUGAGACCAGGUAAUUGAAGUAGUUUAAAGUUAUU